GGGUUAAUCAGAAAUCAUCACUUCUAAAUAUUGGUUCUAGCUUGGAUAUGAAGCGUGGUAAAAAAAAAUGAUUCUGAAACCUAUCCGAAUAUCAAAUAAUUUAAAUGAAAAUGGAGAAGAAGAAGCAAUGUUACUGAGUCCAACUUCUCAAAUGUUUCAUGAGCCUGACUACAAUAUUUACGUCUUAGCCAUUAUGGGCUGGAAAGUACCAAUUGAGGUUGACUCCAUGAAACCAGAACUACAACGCACGCUGCUUAAACAUCCACGCUUUUCCAGUUUGCAGGUCAUGGAUGAGACUGAUGGCAGCGGAAAAAUGAGAUGGGUUCCCACGACAGUGAACAUAGAUGAUCAUAUCAUAGUGGCCCAGAUCGUCCAUGAUAAUAUGGAUACCGACAAAUUGGUCGAAGAGUAUAUAUCAAGCCUAAGCACAACAAAUGUUGACAUGUCGAAACCUCUAUGGGAUUUUCACGUCCUUAACGUGAAAACCUCUCAUGCUGAGGCAACUUCUAUUUUCCAUAUUCAUCAUUCUAUUGGGGAUGGAACUGCCCUCAUGUCCCUCUUACUCUCUUGUUUUCGGAAAACUUCGGAUCCUACUUCUCUCCCCACACUCCCAGUUUCUUCUUCUUCUAAGGAUAAAUCGAAUUUAUCACUAAGAAAUAACAGAAAAACAAUUUGUUCGCUGAUGUGACAGUACCUAAUAAAGUUUUGGUUGCUCAUAAAACUUUGGUUCAAUACAGUUGUUGAUGUUUUUCUGUUUAUAGCGACCGCACUCUUCUUGAAGGACUCUGAAUCACCUUUCACAGCUACAAGAGGAUAUAAGUGGUCCACUCGUCAGAAAUAUAUUUACUUGACGAUUAGCUUGGACGAGAUUAAAUUUAUAAAGAAUGUGACAGACGCUGUAAGCAUAUAUAUAAACCUUAUAUAUCCAAGGUUGACCGUCAUAUUUAUAGUCCGUUUGACCAAGCUACCCAAUAGAAUGAUGAAUACGGAAAAUAGAAGUUGCCUCAGCGUGAGAGGUUUUCACGAUAAUUUUUUGUUGCUUCCUUUCUUGUAAAUUUAGACGGUUAAUAACGUUGUAUUGGGGAUAACACAAGCAGCUACGUCUCGUUAUAUCCAUCGAAGAUACGGUAAGUUAAUCUUCUCAAUCAGGAUACUGUAUAUAUACUUGUAACAAAUUUACAAGUAUUUUCGAGAGAUCACCCAUCAAAAUAUAUAACAUUUUAUAAAAUAUAUGAUAGGCAUUAAUCGAAAGUAUAAGUAAAUAAACAGAAUAGAAAAAUGAAUCUUGUCUCAAGAGCUAUAAAUUAUGGUAGUUGAGAGUCAUACCUUUACUUUUUCUAUAUUAUUGGUUAAGGAAUUCAAAUUGAAAGUAAAUUUAAUUUCUGGUUGCUCGUAACAGCGUAAAGUUUUUUUUUUUUUGUACGUGUGUGUGUGAUAUAUAUACUCAUACACAAAUAAUCAGGAAAUUAAGGAUGAAAUAUAAUCAAGAUAUAUCCAAUUUGGACGGGGUUUGUUUUGGAAGGGGGAAGGGGUUAAAAUGCUUUCAACCAUGCUAAUUAAUCUAUCUAUAAUUUGUUUCUUCUUAAUAAGAAGUUGAAGGCAAGAGGAAGUUUUCACUGGAACGAAUGAGAUGCAGAGCCAAUGUUAUAGUGAAUCUGAGACCAGCUUUAGGGGUCCAAGGGAUAAUGGUUCAUGUGUGUAGCUAUGCCAAGAAGUUGACAUUUGCUAUUGCCGCUGAUGAAGGAAUAAUUCCGGAUCUGAACCAGCUAGGCGAUGAUUGCUCAUCAAAGAGGCUGCUCUCUCACAAUUGAGACCCAAGGCUCAUGACUAGCUCAUCACACAUUUGAAAGCUCCUCAAUAGAAUUUGAAACGUCGUCCUUAUGUGAUGAUUAACUAGUACAAUAUGAUAUGUAGACUUAUUGCUCAAAGCAUUAUUUGAUUAUGUAAUAUUAUUGUAGUACAUCGUCAUGCUGUAGAAUUAUUAGUGCUAUCUAUAAUAGCACCAUCUGAAUAAUGCUAGUGAUACUGCUAGCUGUCAUAUCUGUAAUGAUGCAUGAUUUCUAUCUAUAAUAUUCCCCUU